AUGACACAAGAGAAUGUUCUUCUUGUUGACAUUGUAUCUCUUAGUGUAAGUCAACCCAGUAUGGAGAAAGAGCUGAGCUCCCACUAUCUCUACAAACUCAUGAUGUUGGACUACAGAGCCAGGUACAUGUUUAUAAAACAAGACAAACACAGCCUGGAUUCAGAGCAAGAUGGAGCAACAUUUGACAAUGAUGACUUUUUUGAUUUUGAAGACAAAACACAGCUGAAUGUGAACAGCAAACAGGCACACAUUCAUCCAAUGGAUGUUCACAUGGCAGUUUUCCAUUGUGCCGAUGACUUUUUGCGACAGUACAUUUUCAGAAAACUCUCCACUUGCCAAUUUGCCAUUCCCUUCUUAGUACCCGAUCCAUGUACAGAGGAGGUUGAAUUCCCCUUCUGGGUCCUGAGGCACAUCAGUAAAUCAUGGCAAAGCAAAACAAAUUCUACAGCUGACAAACCUGGAAAGUACAAGAGCAGAAAAAUAUCCAGUACACCAGUGCCAGUCGUUUCCUUUGUAAGACUAGGCAUGUCCAAUUCCAACUCCAAGUCCGAGAUAUUGAAUGGUGUCAUUAGCAAACAGAGGCACAGUGUUUUUUUCAACCGCCAUUGCAAGGGUAGCACUCCAGACAGCUUGCUCAUGAAGGGAGUUGUGGAGAUUGCAUGGUACUGUCCUGGGGGUAAGGAAGAUGACAUAUUUGAUGACUGUGUGGCCUUUCUGAACCUUCGUGGUAAUGCAGCAGAGCAUCCAAAACAACUUGAGUUUAUUCAGGCAGUAAGUACUGUCAAUGUGCUUCUACUUUCAGAGCAUCUGCUGAGUGAAGCCGAAAAAAGGAUUUCCCAGAAACUCUCCACAUCUACUGUCCCCUUGAUAUGCUUGUUCUCAGGGAAGAAGCACAUUCAGCAGUCAAAAAAUCCAACAAAACUCAGACUAGCUGCAAAAAACAGGAAUCACGCUGAGCUUACGGAAGAACUGAUUUCAAAUAUCAAACAGUGUAUUGGUGAAAAUAAACAGACAAAAAGCAUUGACAUGUGCUACCAAGUUGCCGUUCAGCAACAGUUCAAAGUGAAUGACAUUCAGAAAGCAUGUCAAGAAGGUUAUGAACUGGCUCAGACCUUAAUUAGUCUUUUGGCAAAGGAAAACCCAUCCACUCUGAAGGAGAAGCUUUUGCCAUUGCAAGGUGAAUUGUGGCAUGAAUGGUGUAGGAAAAACAAAGAGCAGUUUCGCCUCCAAUUCAAAGAAAGGGAAAGCAUUGAACAGCAACUAAGUGAAAUCACAGCUACGAAGGACAUAAUCAGACAUGAGCAAAAAAAAAAGGCCACUCCUCUUAAUGAAUUUGUAAGAUCAUUCCUGGAGUGCUUAACUGCACCCAGUAAUUCCAAAGACACAAAACUGUCCAUGAUGCAGUGGCUCGCUGUUUUCCUGGAGGAUCUUACCACUGAUGUAUUUGCCGAGCUUGAAGAGGACUAUCACUCAACCUGGAGAAAAAUGAGAGAAAUACCAGUGAGUACAGUAAAAGCAUCACAUGUCAGUGAAAUGCAAUCAAAACUCAACAGCAUAUCAGACAAAAUGGCCACUACAACAAUUGGCCUUCAGCAUCUUAUGAGAGAGGUCGGUCAACUAUAUGAGACCAUUCAAACAACGACAAAAGCAGGAAUUCGAACCAGUGAAUCUGCCAGAACUAAGCUGCCUAAAAUAGGGGCAGAUAUGCUGAUUUAUGGUUGUCCACUUGAAUUAAUGGAUGGAGAUGCUGCCCAUGUGCCUUUAACAUGGAUUGAAGCUGUUAUUGGUGAACUUGUUAAAGCUCUUGGAGACAAAAAGUUAUUUGUUCUGUCCAUCCUAGGGCUUCAAAGCUCUGGGAAAUCCACACUACUGAACACAAUGUUUGGUGUUCAAUUUUCAGUGAGUGUAGGAAGGUGCACUCGUGGAGCCUUCAUGCAGCUGAUACCGGUGGAGUCCAGCAUCAGAAAUAAACUUGGAUAUGACUUUAUCCUCAUUGUGGACACAGAGGGACUCCGAUCACCGGAGCUCAGUGCAAAGCGAUCAGUAAGCCAUGACAAUGAGCUUGCCACAUUCAUCAUUGGAAUUGGUGACUUAACUGUCAUUAAUAUUAUGGGGGAAAACCCAGCCGAGAUGCAUGACAUCCUUCAGAUUUGUGUGCAGGCUUUUUUGCGGAUGAAACUUGUUAAAAUUGCACCAAGUUGCGUUUUUGUACAUCAGAAUGUUGCUGAUGCAUCUGCUGGAGAAAUGGCAAUGGAAGGGAGAAGACGUCUUCAGCAGAAACUGGAUGAUAUGGCUACCAUAGCAGCAAGGGACGAAAAUAUUGAAGGAAUUAAUGGGUUCAGUGAUGUAAUACAGUUUGACAUUGAAACCCAAGUGUUCUAUUUCAAGAACCUUCUGGAGGGGGAUCCUCCCAUGGCCCCACCAAACCCAUCCUACAGUCAGAAUGUGCAAGAGCUAAAGACCAAACUGCUAACAAUUGCAGAGUGGAAUACAGAGUGCAAAUUUUCAUCAUUUUCAGAAUUCAAAUUACGGGUUCAUGAUCUGUGGACAGCACUUUUACAGGAGAACUUUGUUUUCAGUUUCAGAAACACAAUUGAAAUGAUGGUGUACAGUUAUCUGGAAGAAAAAUAUGCAGCAUGGUCAUGGAAACUGAGAGAACAUGCUCUGGAGAUUCAAACCAAGUUGUGCAACCAAAUCGGGAGUGAUUUGAUUAAGGAGGUAAAUGUAGUAGAUCUGACAGAAAAUUUUGACAAAGUCUACAAUCCACUGCAAUGUGAGAUAGAGAAGUAUUUCAAAGAAGACAGAAAUAAAGAGAUUCUAGUAAUGUGGAGGGUGAACAUUGACAAACGUUUCAUGAACCUAAAGAAUGAACUCAUUGAUGAGACAAGAAAGAAAUGUAAAGAACAAUUUACUUCCAAGAAAAACAGAUCAGCGCUAGACCAGAAGAAAACUGAAUAUACAGCUGAGUUAACCAAGCAGAGCAAAAAUCUAGCAUCCAAUCUAAAACAACAGCGCCUUGAUGAAAGGGAAAUCACGAAAGAAUUUGGCAAACUGUGGGAUCACUGGACAGCUGAAGUGGCCAAAUGUUUUAUUGAGAAGGUGAGAACAUUCAAGAUGGAUUUUGAUAUAAUAAUUCAACAAAUGAGUCACUCUGUUCAAAAAUAUGUCACCAAAAAAGAAAACAACAAGGAGGAUUUUAAUGACAGCUUCAUUUAUGGGAUAUUGGCAACGAUUGAGAAGACCAUUGCUGAAUUUGAGUCCAAAAAUAAUCUCAUACGGUUCACAUAUGAAUUCAAAGUGGACCUUUCUAUUCAUCUUUGCCUGAAAUAUGUCUCAAGGUUUCAGAGGAUGCAGAAAGACUUUAAGAGAGCAAACCAUCCACUGACAUAUCUGGAAAGCCAAAGAGAAAACUAUUUUCAAGCAUUCAGAAAUUAUUGCAAAGGAGCAAAUUCUGUCACAAUAUUUGUUGAUUUUCUCUGUGAACACAUCAAGCCAAAAGUUCUGGCUGCAGUGAAUGAUAAAACCACUCAGCACAUUGCAGGGGAAAUGAAGCACAAGAAUCCAGCUUUCAACAGCAAUAGAUCAAAUCUUGAGAAUCAUAUACUGAAACAUUUGGCAACUGAGGAGGACUUCAGCUCAUUUCAGGAAUACAUUGACUUUCCAGAGAGAUACUUUGAAAGGUUUAUCCAAGAAAAGGUAGAUGACUUUUGCCGUGAUACCAAAAAACUGCAUCUGAUUAACCAGGAAAAGCUUGAAACUCUCAAAAAUGAGAUUUUAACUGCAAGCACAGCAGCAACUACAGAAGUAGAAGAUAAGAAAGGAGAUGCAUCCAUGUGGCUUGAUGGCUUCUGUGAAGCAGCAGGGGAGCACAUGGUAAUAAACAGAAAUGAACUGCGUGACAUUGAAAAUGAAGUCAUUGAAGACUGGCAGUUUGUCAAAGAUAUGAUGGCAAAGGUUUUGGAUGAGAUGCUGAACGAUAAAAUGGUGAUUGAUGUGGGAACUUUAAGAGAAAAACCCACCAAAUAUCUUUUUCAGCAGCUCCAGGGGUGUUGGGCACAAUGUCCUUUCUGCAAAGCCAUCUGCACAAACACCAUCCCUGACCAUCAUGAAGAACACAUGGUGCAGUUCCAUCGAUGUGAUGCUCUUGCUGGCUGGCACUUCAGAGGCACAGAUAUUUUUUCAAUCAAUUUCUGCACCACAGCAGUCAGCAGCGAUGGAGAAUUCAUACCAAAUCAUGACAAUGAUAAGGCAGUCCCCUACAAGAAAUACAGAGAAGCUGGAGAGCCUUACAGUAGAUGGAACAUUACUCCCGAUGGCAGUGUGCAGCACUACUGGAAAUGGUUCAUCUGUCGAUUUCAGAAACAAUUACAGGAUAAAUAUGAAUAUCAAUUUGUUGGUAAAGGUGAAAUCCCAGUUGAAUGGAAAAAAAUCACAAAACAAUCUGCUUUGGAACAAUUAAAAUAACUGAGAAUGAGCACACAUGCUCAUGAUGAGCGCAUUAAAAUUUAUGCAAUGGAGAUUCUAAAGUGAAUGUUUUUAUUCGAAUAAUCUGCUAAUGUAACUGUUCCACUAGAGGUGAAAGAAGGAGAGGGAGUAUGAGAAGUCAUGUUUAAAUUUGUUUAUAAAAUGAGAUUAAGCCAUGAAAAGCUAAAGAAAUGAUCUAAAACAUAUUUUGAAACACAUCAGCUUUCAUUACAUUGUAAUUAAAUAAAAAUUUGUUUGAAAACAUAAAACCCAGAAAGAACAAUGAUCUGACAGCUAGCCUAACCUAACAGCAGCUGUCAGGUUCUGUGUUUUUCUUUAUCUGUUUUUGUCAAAGUUUUCUUAGCAUCUUCAUUCCUUGUUACCCUCUGUGCUCACCGUAGUUUGUCAGUUAUUUC